AUGCUACGCUCAUUAAUUUCAAAACAACCAUCUUUCUGGAAAACAUGGCGGCAACUUGUCACUGGCCUUUGCCUCAAACUAUAUUCCUUGACUCUCUAUGCCCUCCGCCUCAACGUAUCACACCCGAAUGCAAACUCGACCGAGCUGGUCACGCUACCCGCCGCAUCUUUCCCGGGCUCGACUGCCCUCUUUUUCCGUCUCCAUCCAGGCAUCAUUCUGAAAGCCCCUGUCAAGGUAGGCGAAGAUGAUAUUUUGCGAAAGCGAGACAAUGUGGAUCAAUACUUUAGCAUCGAAGAGCAGAUCCUUAGCAGGCUCGGUAAACAUCCGAGGAUUGUCAGACUUCUAGGCUCACGAACCGAAUUCCUGACUGGGCUGCUCUUUGCGGAGGCCAGUCACGGAAAUCUCCAGUCUUUCUUGCAUCAGCAUGGCAACGAAAUUGCACCCAGCCUUCGCCAUCGAUGGUUUAUUCAGGCGAUUGAUUCUAUCGUGUUUAUCCACAGCAAGGGUGUGAUACACAGCGAUCUUAGACCUGAAAACUUCCUCGUCUAUGGCACAUUGCCCUUAUCACUCGACUUGUGCCUCUGCGACUUUGGCGGAUCAACCUGCGAGGACCUCCAGCUUUCCGGCGGAAAACUUCCCAACUCUGGCUUUUUUAACCCGAACGAUGCCUGGGAAGCGACCUAUACCGUUGAUAUUUUCGCCCUUGGAUCUGUCCUGUAUACCAUCAUUACGGGUCGGUGGCCGUUUCGUGCAACCACUGGCCAAUUUACUUCCGUGGAAGAAAUGGAGGAAUACGAUGCAUAUGUAGAUGGCCGCAUUGCUGAUGGCAUUUUCCCCGAAGUUGAGGGACUUUUCGGCGGUGAGAUUAUUCGGGGGUGUUGGACAAACAAAUUCUCUCGCGCCGCGGAUAUUAUGGCAAGUGCUUACCAGUUACAAAUCAAGUACUAG